UGGCGCUGCGCAUAGCAGUCGUGCCAUCGGGAAAAGACAAUAUCAGCCGCGCGCAGGAGAGACACAUCAGAGCCCCUCAGGCACAACACGAUUCAAAGUGGUCGACGGAUACAGUCCGAUUCACAACAAGGAGAUAAGGAAAUAGGAUCACAGAAAGGAAAGGGUCAUCUGAUUUCCUGAUGUUUGGAUGUGACUGUUCAAACAAUCGUUAAUGCGUAACGCUCCACACUCCCUCAUGUGAGGGUGUAGAAUGGAAACAACCUUCUACCCAGGAACCGUGCUGAAUACUCCGAAGCUCUCCGGCAUCUAUUCCCAGAGCACAAUGAUGAAGAAGGAAAUUAACCUAAACCUGGACGAUCAGAACACCCAGCUCAAAUCAAACACUCUCCGGGACACAGACGGACUGCUGAACUCCCCGGACUUGGGACUCCUGAAACUAACCUCUCCGGAUCUGGAGCGCCUUAUCAUCCAGUCCAACGGUCUGGUUGGCACCACAACCCCCACCUCCCAGUUCCUCUACCCGAAGUCGGCCAGCGACGAGCAGGAGUUCGCGGAGGGUUUCGUCAAGGCGCUGGAGGAUCUUCACAAGCAGAACCAGCUGAGCGAGGCGGGGUGCGUCUCGGUGGAUAGACUGGAGCUCCUCGGAUCGUCCAACGCCGUCGGAUCCGUUGCCGGACUUCAGACGACAGAUCUUCCUGUAUACACUACCUUGAAUGGCUAUGCGGCCAGUCCGCUCGGAGCCACGACAAUCAACUACUCCACGGACACCAUCCCAUUCCCGCCACCUCCAGCUCAUCUCAGCCCGCAGCAACAGGCGGCUGCUGCGGCUGCGGCUCUGUCACGACUCCAGUCCGCCGGUAUGGUGAAGGACGAGCCUCAGACGGUACCAGACAUGCAGAGCUUCGGGGACAGCCCUCCUCUGUCUCCAAUUGACAUGGACAACCAGGAGCGCAUCAAGGCAGAGAGGAAAAAGCUGCGCAACAGGAUAGCCGCCUCCAAAUGCCGCAAAAGAAAACUGGAGAGGAUCUCUCGGCUGGAGGACAAGGUCAAGUCCCUGAAAACGCAGAAUACAGAACUGGCCUCCACAGCCAGCGUCCUCAGGGAGCAAGUGGCCCAGCUGAAGCAGAAGGUGAUGAACCAUGUCAGCAGCGGUUGCCAGCUCUUACCAAACCAGGUCCAGGCUUACUAAAUUCCAACCAUGGUGCUCUUUAUGGAUGUCUUUUGCAGCUCUAAACGCGCUGAGGAUACAGGCCUGUAUUAUGAGGCGGAUUUGUCGUUUGUAACCUAAGAAGCCCUUUGUCCUUAAGUGUAUUAGAGACUUAAUGUAAAUGGACCUUCAACAUAAAAGCUGUAUACCUGAGAAACAUAACAGACAUUUGCACUGCUCUUGUGUAGAAAUGACCAGAAAAUGAUGACUGGAAAAUGACAGGUUAUAGCAGCAGGUAUGAGCUGCAGCCUCCUCUGAUUCAUGAUGGCAGUGUUAUGCAGCUAACAGACUCCUUUGUUACCCUCAAUUUUGGGAAGCCAUGUAGCAAAGUGCUAUCCAGGACUGAUGUAGGAUAGCAUUUAUCUGUGUGUAAGCUGGACAGUCUCAACUAAGUGCAACCAAACACCAGGGUGUCACCAAGUGCUGUCAUCCACUGUGUAAUAUAAUGCCUUACUUGUUUACAAGCACUUAGCAAUGACAAAUAUAUAUAUAUUUUUUAUUUACUGAAACAUUUCUUAUUUUACAUAUGGUCUUAUUUCUUUGUUGUUCCUUUAAUUUUUUUGCAAAAAAAUGAACACUGCAUGUCUUGUAGCUUUCGUGUACAGUAACCAUUGUAUUUUUCAUGAUGGUGGCUGCUGUGUAGUUCUUCAGGCACCAAACUUCCAUGAAUGUAUGUGUACGUGCUGAGAAGCCUCAUGUAUCCAUGUGUGAUGGACUUUCAAGCCUCUACCUGACAUUUAUUAA